GCCUGAUGCUUGUGGAAAUUCAAUGUUGUGUUGCCAAUCUGUGCGAUAGCAUUGCUUGAAUUAACAAAGUCACAUGUUUAACUCAUGUCUGAUGCGAAUUUCCGAAUUGCCUUUUUGAAGGUGGCUGCAACGUUCUUGUCUUGUGGCACGGCAUUAAUAAUGAGGUCUUUGGCUUCGUUUUGAUUGGUCCAUCAUGGUGAACCAGCCCCAUCACCUGCCUAUCCGGGAAGUCCCCCAAAUUGAAGGCGAGAGUUUAGGUGCCCCACUCUAGGCCAGCGCGGGCUGUACCGGGACCCCAAGCUGCUCCCAGCUCUUCCCCCAGCUCGUUCAGGCGGAAGGUCCAUUCAUAAGAUCGACACGCAGGUCAAACGGCCAAGUUCCACCAUCAUUGAACUUUAAUCUUCAAAUCUUCGAUCUAAUCCAACUCGAACCUGUAUUGUCCUCCUCUAACCGAAAACUAAGCUUUUUACAAAUAGUCUAGGCUUUCUCCUCUUUUUUGGCCGGCCUUGGUUGACAGCUCUCUGUUUGUCCCAUCAUCGCAUCACCUAUUAUUGGCUAUACUUAUUUAUUCUAUUAUCUGCAAGCCACAUUACCGCCAAAUCCAAAAGUACCUAACCUACUCUUUCAUCCAACAAACAUGCGUUUCUUCUCUACCAUCGCUGCAGCACUUGCUGUUGCCGCCGGCGUCUCGGCUGUCGACAUCCAAAAGUCCGUUAUCGUCAGCUUCCCGAGCGGAACCACCGACGACAUCGUCAAUCGCGCAAAGGAUGAUAUCCGAAAGGCGGGUGGCGUGAUCACCCACGAGUACCAACUUAUCAAGGGCUUCGCAGCUAAGGCACCGCAGCAGAUCCUCGAGACGGUCUCAGCCUGGAGUGCUGAGUACAACGCUGUCAUCGAAGAGGACCAGGUAGUCCAGAUCUCCAAGGGCGAGAAUUAAGCAUCGUAAUGCUUGACCGCAUACGUAACGACGGCCAUGAUUAAGGCGCCGGGCAGCCUGCAAGAUACCCCUCCUCCGCACUACGGAGCCCGCAGGUAGACAGACGGAACGGGCGUUAUUGAAGGACAGGUGAUACGAAAAGUGAACGUACGGAGUGGGUCCAAUUAGACAAUAUC